CCGCCUUCCGCUCCACAUAUGCAUACUGUAGCUGUUUACCUGAUAUACCGUGAUACUCGUGAAUGAAAGAUGUGCUCACGCCCCUAUAGUUGACAGACUUCUCACGCGGUCUCCUGUCUCUGAUCCAGAGAUUGCCUCCGGUCCACCUACCUUCGACAGGAGAGCACCACGCAGGUGUUCCUUCGUCUCCUAUCCCAACAGGAUCCUCGCUAUACAUAUAGCUGCCUCUAUGCUCUUGCGGAGGGACACUGAGUUACCUUCUGGGGCCCUGAUUAAUGCACAGGCUCUUUCGAUUUCUUGGGGAAUCCAGGCACCUUCGUCAACAAUCAUUGAAGAGACUCAGCACACUGGAUAUCGUGGACAGAGAUGACAGAGAGAAAAAGCUGCCAAGGGGCGAGCUCGUCCGAGCUCUGUGGUCUCUGCAUCGCUCAGCAAGCCAACCCUUCGGGACAUGGAAGACUCGGAGAAGGACAGACACCGUACAAGCAUAGAGCCCAGAUCCAUUGAAUCUGCAGAAAAGUGGGUGGCAGAUGCGUUGGACAGGGGUGUCGACGUGGAGCUCAUUCUCGCUGUGCUCGAGAAACACAAGGGAUCCACCUCAUCUUCGACGCAGCCGCGCCUGACCAACGCGAUGGCCAAGAGACCAGCUUCUGCUUUGGACGAAUCUGGCGACCGUGUCGUUCCUUCGACGAGUGAAGUCAGGAUGCCGGUAUAUGAUCGUGCGCAAAAGCGCCGUAGACCUGGUGGCUCUCUAUCUGCCAAAUCAGGAGCACGCACGGAUAUGGUAGUCAGUCCUGACGCCAACUCCCCUUCGCCCAGAGAGAACACGCUUAUAGCAGCAGAGCCCGCUUCUGCUCACGUUGACGAUAGGAUCGCGAGUUUGUGUAUAUCGGACUACGAUGCAGCGAUGCAGAGGACUUUAAACGAUGCGAAAUCUGAAAUGCGGCUCCACAUGUACAAGAGCACUCCGUUUCCCCUGGACAAAGCAGCUAUCGCUGACAUGAUCAAAUCUGCCGUUCGGAAGGCUAACGAGUUGGCCAUCACUAGAGGCGGACCGACGAUGGAAUUGGCAGGCAAUGCCAGUUGUGGGAUUUACAAGCUGGUUGCGGGAUGUUUUAGGUCAGGUUUGUGGCCAGAUCAAGACGAAGGCAAGAAAAUCAGUCAAGACCCAUUACUUUGAGGACGGGCGAGGACGUCCUCUGUCGGCAGAGGAUAUCAAGUCUAUCUGCAGUGUUUUGCUUGACAAGAGUGAGGAUAUUGCAUAUUACACAUUUUGACAGGUGGAUUUCAGUGGCUCGCAUCCUCAACCCGAUGGACCGUUUGACAAUGCAGUCCUAGACAAAAUCUUGGGUCCGCAGCUUUUCUCCGAGGAAAGCGACAAUGCGGAUGGACUCUCGCACCAUCGGGAGUUCCUAUCUAUGCCAGAUGGUGCGCUGGCUGUCUCCUGCAGUGCCGUAAAAAAUGCAAUCGAAGAGUGGCAAACCGGUUGUUUCAUUCCGAGAAACUUUCGCAAGACAUAUAAGAGCACUUGCGACUGGCUUAUGACAAACCUCGAAGAAUGGAAGACCACAGACCCUUCUGGAUACCAAGAGCACAUGCAGCAUCUAGCUAAUCGUAUCCGAGCGAGAAUGAAUAUCAACUUGCUGAGAU